AUGCAAUCGAGUCGGCGGAGGGGUGUUAGCGAUAUACUCUUUGAUAGUUUGCUAGGGCGGGACUCGAGGCUGCUACGGGAGAGAUCAAUCACGGAUAGUGUGUCGGAUGUUAAGAAUUCGUUUUCGAGCUGGGAUAGUUGUAUGGAUGCUGUGUAUUGCAAGUGGCCUGUGAUAGCGGUGAUUAUUGUUGGGGGAUUGAUUGUGUUUUCGGUAUUAUGGUGUUGUAUACGAUGCGCGUGCUGUGGCAUGUCCUGCUGUUGCACUUGUUUCUCGUUUUUGAAAUGUUGUGAUUGCUGUGGCGGGUCUUGCGAUGGGAAGAAGAAUAAACCGCAUAAACAUCUGGAUGAUCCUCAUGAUCCGCGGAAUGGUGGUGGGUUUGGGGGAGAUAAAGGAUAUCAGGCUCCGCCGCCGAUGAUGGGAGGAGGAUUGAACUCGGGACCUGCUCAGACGACUGGGCUUAUCACAUCGAGAGAUCCGCCUGGUAUACCGCAAUAUGCGCAAUUCGAGGUUGGAAAGAAUGGGUUAUAUGUCGAGCCAAAGCCGGUUAGCGAUGAUGCUUUACCGCCAAUGCCUAGCUGGGAGACUGCGACAAGGAAACAGGUUGCGAAUGAGGAGAAAGAUGCGGUGGAAUUAUCGAAUCUAGAACCUACCACCAGCCAGAAUGUGCCUCUCAUGACCGGAGCCGUCAGUCCAGCGACAAAUCAACCUCCGAGUCCUGCGGCGAAUCUUCCUACGAAUCCAUACGGGCUAGCGAGUGGAAGCGGAUACAUGAAUGUCCCACCACAAUCUCGAUCGCCUGUAAACCAACAAGGCGGCUUUAACGCAGCAGGAGGAUACAGAGGUGGUCCAUCUCCAGGCCCAGGGCGAGGAGGACCACCAAGAAACAAUGCGGCGCCUAUGCCAGGAUAUGGACAGCGAGGUCAAGAUAUGAAUAAAGGAUAUGGAGGCAACUACGGCGCGCCGCAACAUCAAGAUCAAUACGGAAAUGAUGAGUACAUGGGUGCGGUGAUUGGUGAUGGAUAUGGUAGACAACGCCAGAAUCAACGGGGGAAUUUCAGGCCACAACCGCAGACUAAUUAUUCGAGUGACUCGAGUAGACCGCUGAAUCCGGGGAGGGGAUAUUCAGAUCGUUCGUAUGAGGAGAGGAGUCCGGGACAGGCUGAUAGUGGAGGGUUUGAUUUUGGACAGCAGGCGUAUCCACCCCAGCAGUCAUAUCCACCUCAGCAACAAUAUUCACAACCUCCUCCACCACAACAAGUAAACCGUCGACCCGUCCCCAGAACAAGACCCAGCGCAGACGACUACAUGAACUAUGAUGGCGAGACGGCACCGCCUAGUUAUCGAAGUGGUAGUCCUGAGGCCCCGGUCGCGUAUCCGGGGUAUAAACCUUAUACGCCGCCGCCGGGGGUGGGGAGGGUGCCUGUGGGUGGGAGGUUGGGGGGUGGGAGUGGGAGUGGAGGGGGGUCUGGGGGUGGAAAUGGAGGGGGGUAUGGAGGGGUAAACGGUGGAGGGAGGGGUGGUGAAGGUGUUGGAGGUGGUGGUGGAUAUGGAAGGGGGGUUCCAGAAGCUCUUUCACCUGGUGGGAGGGGGAGGGAGGCGAGGGGGUGGGAUCCUGUACAAUAA